CGACGUCAGUUGAAAACAUGGCGAGUAAAGUGUGUGCUUCAAACAAGGUCCAACGUUGGAAGAUUUUAAGUUUUUACUGAUUGAAACUAAAAGGAAAACGUUCCCUAGGACGGUUUACGGCUUACAUGUCUCUCAGCAAAAUGGACUGGGUGACAUCAUUGAAGGAAUAUAACGUCAAGAAAGGAAAAAAGAAAAGCGAGAGCGAGGUACGAUCAGAAGAGAUGGAGACCUUUACCAAGCUGUACACCGAACUGAAGGGUCCUAGCAAACAGCAGGAUAAGAGUUACUCCGUCAUCCCAAGGUUUUACUAUAAGCUUCCAAGUGAGGAUGAGGUGUUGCUCCAAAAACUCCGAGAAGAAUCCAGGGCUGUGUUUCUUCAGCGGAGGAGCAGGGAACUGUUAGACAACGAUGAGUUGCAAAACCUGUGGUUUUUGCUGGACAAACACCACACCCCACCAAUGGUCGGCGAGGAUCAAAUGAUCAACUACGAAGAUUUUCUCAAGGUGGCCACUGAAGCUGGGCCUAAGUGCAAGCCUUUCUUCACUGCCACGGUCUUUGCCAAGUUGCUGCAGACAGAUCCCUACGGCCGAAUAUCCAUCAUGCAGUUCUUCAACUAUGUCAUGCGGAAAGUGUGGCUCCACCAGACCCGAAUCGGACUCAGCCUGUACGACGUGGCCGGUCAAGGCUACCUCAAAGAAUCAGAUCUUGAGAACUACAUCCUGGAGCUAAUCCCCACCUUGCCUCAGCUUGACGGACUGGAGAAAUCCUUCUACUCCUUCUACGUCUGCACAGCCGUCAGAAAGUUCUUUUUCUUCCUGGAUCCAAUGAGAACUGGCAAGAUCAGGAUCCAGGACAUCUUAGCCUGCAGCUUCCUGGAUGACCUGCUGGAGUUGAGAGAUGAGGAUCUGCCCAAGGAUGCCCAGGAGUCCAACUGGUUCUCAGCACCCUCGGCACUCAGAGUGUACGGUCAAUAUCUGAACCUAGACAAGGACCACAACGGCAUGCUGAGCAAGCAGGAGUUGGCCCGAUUUGGCACGGGAACACUGACUAAUGUAUUCCUGGACAGGGUCUUCCAAGAGUGCCUUACCUACGACGGAGAAAUGGACUACAAGACCUACCUGGACUUUGUUCUUGCCAUGGAGAAUCGGAGAGAGCCCCAGGCGUUGCAGUACUUCUUCCGUCUCCUUGAUGUGCAGGGCAGGUCCUAUCUCAAUGUCUUUGCUCUCAACUACUUCUUCCGUGCAAUCCAGGAGCAAAUGAGACAGCACGGCCAAGAGCCCAUCUCCUUCGCCGAUGUGAAGGACGAGAUCUUUGACAUGGUCAAGCCGGCCGAUCCCCUCAAGAUCACGCUGCAGGAUCUCAUCAACAGCAAUCAUGGCGAGACUGUAGUCAGCAUCCUGAUUGAUCUGAACGGUUUCUGGACCUAUGAGAACCGAGAGGUCCUCAUGGCUGAGAACAACGCCACCAAUCAGGCAGAGGGCAGUCAGCAGGACCAAGACAUGUGAGUGAAGAUCUGACUGCAACAAAAUAGACGGACUGAGUUGUUCGGAAUUGGUGGGCUGACAAUUUACCAGCAGUUUGUGUCGUAAACCCGGUAACAAGAGAGAGAACAGACCAAGGCUGUGCUGUGUGCCGGUGGAGAUUUUGAUCUGCUGAGAUCUUGAAGGAAAGACUUAUUUGUAUGAUAGCCAACUGCAGAUGUGAUGUGGGCUUACAACAUGCUGGAAGUCCGUGCUGGAACUAUGGUUGGCGCUGUGAUGCCUUGCGCUUCACUAGAUCUUGAAGAUGCAUCCUGUGUGGGUGCUUGGUUGAUGGGUCACAACCACUUUCAAUUUUCCACCUCUGAGGUUUCAGCCAGAGAGGUGUCUUGCACCUUUUCUGAGGACAACAUGGAAGCUGUUUUUGACAUCCCAAUCUGUUGUGCAGAUGAAUGUCACAGCAUGCAGAACUUCAACAAUUUAAACUGUCGCUCGUUUGAAGGCAAUUUUGGAUACGUCAACCGAAGAACCAUAUUAUCUGUGCAUAAGAUUAUCGCAUGGGAUAGGGGGCCAGGAAGGGGUGUUAAUAAUGCUGCUUAACAUUGGUUCUACUCAAAGCAUGGGCCAUGUUCAAUCGGCAACCAUUUGUUUUUUUCCAGUGGUAGAGAAGUCAUUUGAAUGCAGACAAAAAUCAUACCGACAGAAGUAGAAAACCUGGGUGUUGCAGGAAAAAAAAAACAGUUUGAAGAAAUUCUGGGUCCGAGUUGGAAAUUCUUGUGUCUUCUACAGCUAAUCUUAAAAGUGUAAAUACACCUCUAGGUCAUUGACGAGAUGUUAACUUAUUGAACCUGUAAAGGCUACAGUCAUCGUGUAUAUCAUGUAAUAGAUUUUUCAUUUAAAAACUGAUUGUAACUAUGUAAGAGUUUUGCAAGACAUUGUUUGUGUUCGGGCAUGUGGUGAGUUUUGCUCUUCACCAACUUGCAUUUGUUGCACAGUAUAAUGUUGUCUGAGGGCUUGUGAAAAAAUUCACAGGCUGACAGGGGUGGGACUUGAAGUGAACUCAUGGUCCUCUGCUUACUAGUGCAGAGGUCUGAAUAUCCAACCACCAAGCUUGCGGGCUAAGGACAAGUUUAAUACAGGCGAUUCACAAUAGUGCGCCACCAAGAGUUUGCAACACGUUGGC